GUAGAAAGAUCACCUGUGUUGGUUUGGCCGUCUGUGUUCUAAUUUGGCCUUUGGUGGUACCAGGACUUUUUGUUGUUGUCGUGAUGGUUCUUUUUUCAGUAUUUUGAAUUUUCGUGGUAGCUUCGGUAGUUUGCAAGGUUGGGCUUACGCUGGCAGUGGUACCAUCUUGCAGGGUGUUGACGUUGAACCCUGUAAUUGUGAAAUUUAAUGAACCCGGCGUUGUGGACGUCCUCCUUCGUCGCCUGGUUGUGGUGUCAUCGUAAUAUUCAUUUUCAUUUAAGGUGGUGUACGAGCCGGGUUGAACUGUUCUCGGUUCAACGAAAUCUAUGUCAGGGUCGCUGGACGUGGAAGUGGUUCUUCUGCGACGUCUUGUGGUUCGCCGACGACGCUUGGCAGGGGUUGUGUCAUCAUAGUACUCGGAAGUCGUUGUUCGUCGACGUCGGGUCGUGGAAGUCAACUCGUCAUAGUAAUAAUCAUCAUAAUAUGCUGGUGUCGUAGUUUGCCGUUUUCUGGUCGGACGAGUGGUUGUGGAGAAUUUACCUUUCCUCUGGGUAGUUUUCCGCAAACGACGGGGAGUGAUGACUUCGAUCGCUUGCGUUUGCCCUUUUGGUUUUUUGAAAGCAAAAAAUAUUUUCUGCGUCGCCCGAAACGUGAAAACUUGCGCACGAACUUGUUUGGUUGCUUUUUGAACUACCUGCCGCAUUUUCUUGUCCUUCGAAUUCUUGAAAAUUUCAACAUCGGAAAAUUGGCGCAGCCCCGCACAUCUUUCUUUCGUGCAACAAUUGGCGAUAAAAGUUCUUCUUGCUAAUUUAUCCAGUCGAUCUAUAAUUUUUAAAUUCAUGUUUAAAGAUAUGAGCAUUGCAUAUUAAUCAGUUACCUUCUUUUGUAGCGUUUUCCUCUCCAACAAUCUAAAUUUCGUGUUUAUAAUUUAUUUAGUCAUAAAUAGGAAGUAAUUCAAAUUUUAGAUUUACCAUUUCCACGUUUAUUGAUGCAAUGAUAAUCAUGGUGAAAAGCAUAGUCGAAAGUUUGGAACUAGAUCUUCCAUCUUACAAUUAGUUCUUCUACCUCUGUUAGAGACAGAACAGAAAUUUCAAAUCACUGAAAUCACAAAGGAUUGUUUGCGGAUGUUCGUAUGAAAAAGCAUCAUGGUGGCGAAUGCAGGAAAGAGAGCAUGGUUUGGAAAAAAACAUUAACAGCAACAGUCGACGUCACUCGAUUGACACAAUUUCAACGAAUCAAAGUUUUAAAAUGCGCGUCAGUACUAAUUAACCUUACAAACGGCUUGUCCUUAUAAUGAAAUUUUUAUUUUGUUUUAUUGAAAAAAUUGUAUUAAUUUUUUUACAAUGUAAGAGUUAUUAAGGGACAAAAAUGAUAUCGAGUAAAGUAAAACACUAAAAAACUUCACUUAAUAACUAGAAUAAAUUAAAAGAAAAAAUUUUAUUUUAUAAAGUGGGAGACUGAUUUAAAAUAUCCUUCAACUGAUAUUGCCUGGGAAAUUGAAAAUAGUGACGUAUUCUAAAUGGGCAAUCAUGAUUCUAUUAACAUUUUGAUAUUCGAUUUUACGCAACCGAUGGAUAUAUAAGCUUAAAAAAACCUUCCAUGGUAGUAGACAUCGCAGUUAUGCGCGCAAAAGUUUUAUGCUUUCUUUCAACAUUGGCCAUCAUAGUCCUGGUGCACAAAUCAGAUGGCUUUGCACACAACAGAAAAGUUUCUGUUGAGCAAGAUGAAAUUGUUCUACACCGCGAUGCUCGCCAAGUGAAGCCGACCACCAAAGCAGCAACCAAGCCCACGACUAAAAAAGCCACGACAAAGAAGGCAACAACAAAAAUCACCCCCAAAGUGACAGCGGCAAAAGCAACAGCCAAACUAACGACCACGAAAGCAACAACCAAAACGACGACUCCACCACCUCCACCCACUGUGGUUGAUCAGGAUAUGAUCGGGGGUAUUUUGAAAACAGCAAACGGAAUGGUGAACCAAUUAGGGAAUUCAGUCAACGAGCUGGCUGGUCAAAUCGACCCCAAUAAAAUUAUGAGCGACAUCAAUCAACUUGGCCAAAAUUUGACCCUUCCGGACUUGUCUCAAGUUGGUCAAGGGCUGACAGGUCUUGCGAGUGGCCUUGAAAAUUUGACUGGAAAUCUACCUGAUUUUUCAAAAUUAGCACAAAAUUUGACAAAUAAUUUUGUGCCUGAUUUGGACGUUAUAAAAAAUUUAACAAACGUAUUUUCUUUUCCUCCAAAUUUCCUUAACUCUUUUCCGAACUCGCAACUCCCGAACCUUUCAGGGCUGCUGCCACCCUUGCCUGAAAACCUCCCAAAUUUGUCGGGUUUGAUUCCCCCAGGAGGAUUUCCAAACCUUCCAGGGUUGCUGCCACCUUUGCCUGGAAACCUCCCAAAUUUGUCUGGUUUGAUUCCCCCAGGACUUAUUCCAAAUUUAAGUGGAAUUUCUAUUCCCUCUGACUUGUCCGGAAUGGUGAAUUUGCCAGGUAAUAUAAUUCAGAACGGCCUCUCAUCGAUUCCUGCUAACCUGACGCAGCAACUUGGUUCGCCAGUUAAUAACUUGGUUCAAACUGGUGCACAACUGACCAAAUCACUGCUUGGAAAAAGCGGUAAUUUAAGCUCUUUUCUUCCACCAUCUUUGUCAAAAUUCAAUUUUGGUGCACUCUUCGGUUGAAAAAAGAAAACAACAAUUCCACAUUGUUACUGAAUAAU